AAAAAAAGGGUAAAGUGCGAGAAGAAGAAAAAUCCAGGCAAAAAACUAAUACAUUUUUAGAAGAACAGGUUAAAGAGCGAGAAAAACAAAUUAUAGCUAAACAAGAAAUAAUUAAUGAUUUCGUAGAAAAGGUUAAAGAAUUAGAAGGAGCAGCCAUAAAAAAGCAAAUGACGACUUUUUAUUUAGAAGAAAAUCUUAAAACGCAAGAAAAAGAAAAUAAAGCCAAACAAGAUACAAUUAGUAAUUUAGAAGAAAUUAUUAACGAUUUAAAAAAAAUGACGGAAGAACGGGAUAUUACGACUAAUAAGCAAGAAGAAAAUACGUUAACGAUGAAAUUUGUUGGAUGA